UUCAAAAUUUGUUUGAGAUUUUAGAGCAUUUAUUUAGACUUGCAAGAUAACAAUAUUUUUGUUUUUUUAAUUUAUCGCACCAAAUAAUAAUAAUAACACUAUCCUUCUGUUGAAUUGACGAUAGAAUGAGGAACUUAAUUUGGCCUUAAAUCCAAUCCCAUUUCAGUACGGAGCCCUUGCUCCUCCUCCUCCAAAACCACCGCUCACGGCGGCGCCUCCACUCACAGCACAAUGAACUCCGUCGUCUCCGCUCUCAAAUACUGGCUCGUCGACCACCCAACCAUACUCCACUUCGAAUGGACCCAAGCUCAAACACUAGGCUCCACCCCACGCUUCCUCGCCACAACAGUCCUCACCUAUCUCACUCUCACCCUCCUCCUCUCCCGAUCCCAACUCCCUCCCCUAACUCCCAAACUCCUCAAACCAAUCACAGCCGUCCACAGCCUCAUCCUCCUCGUCCUCUCCCUCAUCAUGGCCGUCGGAUGCUCUCUCUCAAUCCUCCGCUCCGAUUGGACGACCGUCAUCUGCUUCCCCAUGGACACCAAGCCCAGUGGGCCCCUCUUCUUCUGGGCCCAAGUCUUCUACCUCUCGAAGCUCCUCGAGUUCGGAGACACUCUCCUGAUCAUCCUCGGUGGCUCCCUCCGACGGCUGUCGUUCCUCCACGUGUACCACCACGCCACCGUGGUGGUAAUGUGUUACCUUUGGCUCAAAACUUCUCAGUCUCUGUUCCCGGUGGCGCUCGUGACCAACGCAUCAGUGCACGUGAUCAUGUACGGGUAUUACUUUCUGUGCGCGGUUGGGAUCCGACCCGGGUGGAAACGGGUCGUGACAGACUGCCAGAUCGUUCAGUUUGUUUUCAGCUUUGCGGUGUCGGGUCGGAUGCUGUACCUGCAUUUUUGCGGGUCCGGGUGCUCCGGAAUGUGGGGUUGGUGCUUCAACGCGGGUUUCAACGCCUCGCUUUUGGCUCUGUUUGCUAACUUUCAUGCUAAGAGUUAUGCGAAAAGGACGAAGAUUGAGGAGGGUGUGGGUCACCCACGUGAUAAAGAUAAGGGCGCAUAGGUUUAUUUAUUUUAUUUUUUAAAAUGUGGUUGUUAUUGGACUUGAUUUUUUUUUUUUAAAAA